AUGUUCAGUCAACAAGUAUUAGAUAAACAUAAUGAAUAUCGUAAAAAAUAUUGUUCACAAUUAUUAAUAUCAAGUAAAAAUCUAAAUAAAAUUUCUCAAGAUUAUGCAGAUAGAUUAGUUACAUUUGUUGAAACACCACCUAAUUAUAUAGGAAUUAGAAUAGAAAAGUUAUAUUAUCAAACACUUAAUUAUAAAUUACAAGGCAAAUAA